AUGGAUACUAUUAACCUCUUGAAAGGUGUUAUAAGCGAGUUCAUGCGCGUUCUUCAAAUGAUGCAAUCAAGCCCCUACUCCUAUUACAGCUCGAGAUACAAGUACAACCUCGAGACGUUCAUUGAGAAUUGCGGGAUUACUGCCAAUACUACGAUUCCAGAUGAUAUUGCUGUUACUUAA